CUAAUAUUUAAUUUCUCAUAAUAUUUUGUGCAAACUUUUUAUUGUGACAAGUGUUAAUGUGACUGAACGAAAUGUAAUUAUUUAAUUUCUCCUAAUGUUUAUGUUGACAUAAUAUUUUGACAAGUGCUAAUUUGAGUGAGCGAGACAAAUGGAUUGUGCUUUAUCCGGGUCCCAGUGACAAAAGGAGUACGAGACGUACUACAUAAAGUGCGAGUGUGUAUUGGCUAAGCUUGACCCAUUACUAAACCUCACUCGGGUUACUGGAUUACAUUACACCCGGCAACCAAAAGAGAUGCAGACGAGUCUUCCACAGGACCUUGUCCCUCUCGUCAAGUUUCCGCCGCGCCACCGUCGCGAACCCCAGCUGUACAUCGUGGACCCCACUUCGAAAGGCAGUGUCGAUACCUGCUUUAACGAGCCAGGGAGUGGUAGAGAGAUUUCAUCUCUAGUAUCUGUUCAAAGACACUUGGUUGGAGAAGUAGACGACAGACGCUUGUCUCGAAGUCCAAAGUUUUAUGAGAAACGCAGAACCGAACAGGGUAAUCGCGUUGCUUCCAAGGAUUUCCGUUUGCCUAGAGGAUGGACCGUUAAGGAGGUUCCGAGGAGAAACUCCCCUCGUAGUAUUGAUAAGUAUUAUACAGAGCAAGAAACGGGAAAACGGUUCCGGUCCCUUGUUUCCGCUGAGCGGUACUUGAACUCUGUUGGGAACGGUACAGUUGCGUCGGUUUUGCACUCUGUUCCGCUUUUGGCGAUUUGUAAUGGUACUGGAUAUGCGCCGGUGAAGUACACGCAAUGACAGGUCUUUUAACCAAAAUAUGAUUUUACUCCAGUGAAGUCACUCGCCUACUGCAAGAUCUAUAUGUAUUUGUAUGGUCUCUAUCUAAUCUUGAAUGUACAGCAACAAGUCUGACUGUUUAACAGACUAAGAUUAUGCACAGUUUCUUUUUGUUCCUGUGCAAAAGAUUAUUUAGUUUUCUUUCAAUUUAUUGAUGAAAAACUACAAACAGUAUAUGAAUUGAUAUGUAUUUAGCAAA